UGAAAUAAAUCAUAGCAUAUUAAUAUACGAGGGUCAAGGGAAAUGUUUAAAUAUAGUAACACAUGGUAAAAUUAUCGAACACAUGGUCCCGUAUAUCUCUACACACAUGGUAAACAUUGACCAACAACAGCAGACGGUCGUCCAGUCGCCAGCGGAAAAACUCGGCAGUCUUACUCAUCGGCUUUACAACAAGGGGUUGAUCAGUCCACUCUUAAAUCUGUGGGGAUUAGGCCAUUGUUUGAUUGGUCGUUGGGCAUUUCUUUUCCAUUGUCCAGUUGGUCAGUGGCCUCUCAGUUUCAACUCUGCUGGACACCUUUGUGAAGUUUCCUGUGAACUAUGAAUGGCUUUCGCUGCCUGGUUGGAGAUUUCUAAAUGAUAUUAUAUCUCUGAGUGUGUGUGGGGGUGAUAUGAAGUCGUGGUUGAGGUAAUUGUGAACAGGGUGUAUAAAACGGACUCGAUAUUUGAUAUGUUUGGUAUUUUUAUAUUCCGAUAAUAACAGACUACAUACACAUGUAUUAUUUGAUCAAUGAGAUUCUGAUAGCUAUUGUUGUGAACGGAAAAGAAUAAAAGAAUACAACUUGAUGUGAAUUUUUAUUGAUGGAAAAUAGAGAUUCUGGUUUUUUAUGGGUCUCGAGUGAAGGAUUUGUAAACUUGUUCUGUUUGAGACUGUCGAAGUACAUGGACUUGAUUUUUAAAAAAAAAACAAGAUUUGUUCAGUUGUGUUAUAGGAUUUGUGAGGUCAGUGAAAAUUAAAUGUUAAGACUAAGAGAGGAAAAAGAAGAUCAUUCGUUGUUUAAAAGAUUAUUACAUUGUUGCGAAAGAUUUAUAAAAUAAAUAUUCAGCAGAUCUCUUGCGAAUUCGGCUUAUAGAAUUUAGGAUGUAUACAAGCAGUGUUUAAACAGGAGUAGUCAACAAGUAAUGGACUAACAUUCCAGUGAAUUAUUUCAUUCAUUCCAUCGAGCAUCAUACCAGGUUUCUACAAAACAGACGCCUUGGUAACCCCGCCAAAAAAAAGACAAAAUGGUCGCCACUCAGGAAAAGUGUCGUUUGUGCAAUUUAUUUAAACCAAUUAUAGGAUUUUUAGUGUUGUUAUUCGUUUGUCCAGGAUAUUCGCUUGGCAACGAUAAUUUACUCAAAAUAGUGGAUGUAGCUGUGAAUUCUGGGAAAUUAACAGGCGAUGUUUCGUUAAUGUGGGGAAUACCUGAUGCAACAGCAUAUGUUGGACACUUUUUUAACUAUACCAUACCCAGUGAUGCAUUUAAAGGCCAAUCUCUACAAUAUAAGAUAACAGAGGCUGGUAAAGAUGUUCUUCCUUCAUGGUUAACCUUUGACCCAAAGAAACAAUUAUUACAGGGUGUACCCUUGCCGUCUGAAAUUGGACAACACUACAUCGAGGUGGUUGCUACCGAUAAAAAUAACGCACAAGCUAAAGAUAUUUUCUCCAUUGAGGUACAAGGUGAACGAAUGAGCCAGCCAUCUACAACCUUGACCUUUCAACGAGAAGGCCCGCAAACAGUACGAUGUAAGCGAGAACAGUCGGAAACAGUAGUAACCAUUAUGUUGGAUUCAAAUUUGGAUAAAUUAUCUGCUCACGAAAGAUUAAAUGUAAUGAACCGAUUUUCUGGUUACUUAAAUUUGGCAGAAGAAAUGUUAAAAAUGGUUCCUGUCGCAGGGAAAUCUCUUAAUGAUGCUUCUGCUCUUGUUGCCGGUCCAGGAAACACAAAUGAUCCCAAGGAACCUGGUGCUUUUGUGUCAUGGAGAGUUGGCUGCGGAAAGGUUGAAGCUGAUCACAUGCCCAUUCUUCAACAAAUUGAAACUGAAGCUCAAAGUGGAAAGCUAGCUGAAGCUCUAAAACACCCGAUUGUUGGAUGGCAUGUAACUAACAGUCGUUUCCAGGAACACAAACGACGCAAGAGAGCCAUCAGAGCUACACCUCUUGCAACCGUAGGAGUCCAACCAACCAUCCCUGUACCACCACCAAAAGAAACCAUCAUCAUGACGAAACCUGGUGAUGACAUGACACGACCAGUAUUAAGUAUGGCUUCACCUACUUUCAGCAUCCAACCAACAGAGACCACCCCCAUGAUGAAAACAACUUCUCCAGAUGGUAAACCAACAAAACCAAUUCCUGUCAAACCAACAGAAGGUCUCCAGCCAUCCAUACCAGUUCCAGAACCAACUGACAUGGACAAGACGGUUCCUCUUCCCGAGGAAACUAUCCACAUCCAUCCAACGAAGACUGAUACACAUGGAAAACCCACGGAUCGACCAGCAGUUCCUGGAUGCAUUACUGACCAACCACCAGAGGUCAGCUCACCUCUCGGACGUCUUGAAUUUAAAGCUGGAGAAUUUACCAAGUUUAAAAUCCCUGCCGAUACCUUUUAUGAUUGUGAAGUUGGAAACACACGCGACUUGAAAUUGGACAUGCUGAUCAACCAUACAGUUCAAAUACCCAGUGGUUAUUGGCUUUCAUUUGAAAGGAAGAAGCAGGUGAUUAAAGCCUUCCCAUCACUUAGCGACCAAGGCGUUCAUAAAUUCACCCUUUUGGCUAGAAAAGGAUCAGGAAGUCUUCUUGUGACCCAUUCCUUCAAGAUCAAAGUUACGGGAGGUAAAGCUAAAGAACUCGAAAAAAUUAAUCAUGAAAUGAGCAUUACUUUAGAUAUGGACUAUGAUGAAUUCAUGUCAAAUGUUGACAAUAGGAUCGAAUUUGUUAAUAAGUUAUCCAAAUUGUUUGGUGAUAAGAAUGCUGAUUCCAUACAAUUAACGAAACUAGAACGCGGUUCUGUUGUCAUCAGUUGGACCAACACGUCGAUGAGUGGUUCAGAUUGUCCUGUAGAUGACCUGAAAGCCAUGGCAGAUAAAUUGAUGAACGAAGAUGGCACUAUAAAAGAGGAGGCAGCCCGUGCUCUGAGACCUUACAAACUAACCCAAGCAGGAUUAGCCCCUCAAGGAGCGUGUGAAAGAGUGGAUGCAUUCCCUAGAAGGUCAUCGCCUAUUGGAGAACCAGCUCCAGAUCAAACUGAUGCUCCUAAACCUACUGGUGGUGAUGCUGAAGAUACAACCAAACCAGCUGACGAUACAAGCUCUGAAAAUGUUCUUACAGGAAGUGCCAAAACAGGGGACGAUAUCUGGAUCACCACUGUCGUACCUGCUGUUGUUAUUGUCGCCAUUUUGUUAAUUGCGCUCCUUGUUGCUUGUAUCCUCUACAGAAAGAAACGAAAGGGUAAGAUGUCCCUGGAGGACAAACACACAUUUGUCAAUAAAGGAGUUCCAGUUAUAUUACCUGAUGAAUUGGAAGAAAACGAAAAACAGAGUGAAUCCUGUAAACCCUUAAUAAUGCCAGAAGAGAAACCACCAAUUACCUCCCCUGAAUAUCGUGCCGGGUCUAGUGAAGCAUCAACGCCACCUGCCAAUCAUCGUAAUGUUAUGGCUGACGAUCAAUAUAACAUGGAAGUUCUAUCGCCUCUUUAUCAACCUCCACCCCCAGUCCAAUCCUCCGGUGGCAAUCGACAGCCACGCCCAUACGUGCAGCCAUCUUACAAACCCACUACCUACGUUCCCCCGUAAGAUGUCCUCCACCUCACCGCAGUAAAUAGUGCAUUAAAAUAAAUUGAACUGUUGACCUUUUAUGAAACUAUGCAAAGGUGUUUUUCAUACUGUGGCGAUAUGCGAAACGCUUUUCUUCUUUUUUUGUCAUCGCCGUGUCUGCAAAGAACACAAUCUAUUCAUCAUAAGUUAUUAAUGCAUGUAAAUUGCCUUAUUUGGUAGUCAUGUGAAAGUUUCUUUUCUAACCUUGUGGGUCGCGUGACAGUAUCUACUUUCAGUUUCGACAAGGAAUCCAUAUUUUAAAAUCAUUGUGUUUUGGAUUUUACAUUGUGAUAUAUUUAACGUAUACGGUACAGCAUUGAUGAAAAAUUACGAUAUUAGCUUCUAUUUGAUUGGAUGAACUCAGGUGACUUGCAUAAUACUCAGCCAAUGAGAGUGUUGCAGGAAAUCAUUUAGGAAAAAGAAAAACUUUACAAAUAAUUUAACUUUUAGAGACUAUUUGGUUAAAGGAACGUGAUUGCCAAGGAGAAGUAAAAACAGGUACUGAAGGUGUGGGCAUUGUUCGAGUUUAUCUCAAAUGUGUAAGAUUUUAUAUAGGGGAGAUAACUCCAAUAAGUAUAAAAAAAAAAGAAAAAGAAGAGAGGAUGAAGUAAUAUGAAAAAGGAUUUUGCUUAGGACUAAAACAAAGCAUGUGGCAUUAUUGUGCUUGAGUUCGAAGUAAAGAAAUUGUAAAAGGGGAGAUUACUCCAGAUUUCAAUUUUAAUAUAAAUGUUUCACUUUGUUUAUGUAAAAAUCAUUUAGAGUAGAAUUCCCUAAUUUAAAUACCAUUACAUUUUCUGUAUAUCCCAGUCUAUUUUUAUAAUCUAAACUUGUUAAUAUAUUUUACACGUAACACUUUAUAACACUUGUUCUUUCUGUUCACAAGAUAUUGUUGAGACUAACAUCUUACCUUUCAUAAGCCACCUGAGAUAUUAUUUAUAGAAGGAAUGUUAUGAUUGGUUGACAGAAUGUGUUGUCUGUUUCUAUUGGAUGCUGGAGUUGUUUGAAAUUGAUCGGCCAUUCAAGGAAUUGUCAAAAUAUUUAAAACUCUAAUUUUUAUGAGUUUUGAAAUUUCUUUAAAAGGAGCUAGACCUUUUUGAUUUAGGUUCAAAUAAAAUUAAUGUGCCCAGUCUGAUUAAAAUACAGAUCUAUAUUUCGUUUUGUGUUUUAUACUUUCGAUAGCCUACACUACAUGGAGAUGUGACCAGUUGUAGUGGGAGGUCGAGUCAGACGUCAUACGAGUGGCUUUUGACCCUAUGACGUUAGACAUUUGAUUAAACAAUCAGCAUUGAUGUUUCGAGUGGGUUACCCACAGUUCCGUGCAACUCACGCCAAAAACUUGCCGUUUCAUUGGCUGAUCCCUCACAUCAACCAGAAAGCGGGUUACAUAACUCUUCCAGAUCCCAGUGUAGUGAAGACAAGCAAAACAAAAUUUUGAACUAUAAAAAAACGAAACGAAAUAGGAUCUGUGUUCUAAUCAGAUUGCUAUUGAAUUGGGCUCAAGAUAAGAGUGAUGUGUUGUUAAAUAUUGGGGCAAGCUCCAUUCAAUUAAAUUUAUCUUUCAAACGAUUAGGGUGCUUUUUGGCUUUAUCGACAAAAUCAAUGCCUUUACCUAGAAACGUAAAAAACAAAGCAAUAUCUAAAAUCCAAUGAAAUAAACAAUUUUUUUUGGACCUGAAUCAAGAGGUGGUAGCCAUUUUAAGUAAUUGUAAAAAAAAAAUUUUGUGCGUAUAGUUUACAUAUGGUGCAGAGUAUGAUUAAUUGUAUAUAUUUAACUAUAAUUAUUAUUAUUAUUUUAAUUAUAUCUUUGUCCGUAUAUAUAUAUAUAUCCACCGUCUUAUAUCUCUCAUGGUAGUUGAUCAUAGACUAGAACAUGUAGGUCUUUAUAGGGGUAGAAAGGGAUGAACUAGAUAAUGUAAAGGGAAUAUGCUGAAAAUUUCAGUCAAAUUGCUCCACUCUGAACCGAGAUAUGAAUGAUUGAAAUUUAGGCCUAGCCUCGAUCAUCAUUACUAAAGUCGGUAUUUUUGCAUUUAAUCAUCAAUUUGUGUUGAGCAGCAGAUCGGAUUCAAAUCCAGUGAAAAUCGAACACAUAAAAGGCAUCGAGAGUUGAUUAAUAAUUUAUAUAACAUUUAAGGCUUAAAGAUGGACCUACAAUAAGCAGAUUUAACUCUUGCAUAAUGUAUGUUUAAUUACAAUGUACAUUUAUGUUGACCUUGUUCGUAUCGCAUUAAUUUUAUAGUAUUCCCCCUGUAAAAUGUGUCGAUCUAUUUCCUUUCCCCCCGUCAUUGUCAUUCUCGAUUCUCCAAUCCCCUUAUUAUUUUCAUUGGACUACUAGUCACUAGUCAAAUAAAACAAUCAUAUUCCUCAUGUUUCACCAUUUAAAAAGGCGGCCAUAUUCAUCAUAAACUUCAUAAUCGUCUACUUGGGGUGUUGGAUAUUUUGAAAAGCGCUUUUUGUUAAUAUUGUAGUAGUACGUGUAGGCAAACUGUUAGAAAUCCACUGAUUUUCGCAUCUGUCCCUCGCAUUUAUUUUCAUUUUGGGGGAACAGGCCCGAGUUCACAAAACAUUCUCAGACUAAGUUAAGAAUGUACUCAACUUUCAAUCACUGUUUAUGUGAAAUAUCUUUGAUCCAGAAACACAAAACUUUGCACAUAGUUUCUUAUUGAUGUUUUUGAUACAUUAAAACAGCAAAAGUUUUAUAAAGGGCUAUAUUUUAGUUAAUAUAAGGCGAACAAUUUUGAGUAAAUUCUUAACUUAAGUCUGAGAAUGCUUUGUGAAGUCGGGACCUGAUGUUUUUAAUGCUUAGUAAAUGUAGAGACAAUUAAUCAGGCGUUUUGGAGGUGAAUUUUUUUUUAUUGGAACCAUACAUCAACUAUAUGGAGAGCAAUUUUUGCCUCUAAUAAGGCGUUUAGGAGGUACCAUACAUCAGUUAUAUGGAGAGCAUUUUUUGCCUCUAACGAUGAGCUACUGGAUAAAAAAGUGCUGUUUGAGGUGUUUCAAUACUUAAUUUUAUCUCCAAAACGACGACAUAUUGAUGCUUAAUAAGGAUAAUAAGCUUAUAAAUAGUUUUAAUUAUUUUUGAUGCUUUUAAUUUUAUUAUUAAGAUAAAAAAAAAUCUUAUUUUAAUUCUGUUUGCUAUGUUCAACUUAAAGGACAAUGUUGGUUGGUCCACUGAUUUUUAUACGCCCACAUUGAAAUGUGGUCGUAUAUUGUUACAUAUGUGAUUGGACACAUUGGUUACGGUUCUUUAUUCAGUCGGAAACCAAUUUCCAGAAUAUUUUGGAAUUGGUGUCUCUUUAACCAUUUCUAUUACAUUUGUAAAAAUCAGUGAACCUCAACGUUGUCCUUUAAGUAGUAGUGACCAUCUUGUAAAAAAAUUAAGUCAAUAUCAGAGUACUGGUGGGCAAAAACAGCUUUUACAAGUGUAAAAAACUGUGCUUGAACUCAAACAUGGAAAAAUCAUGAAAUUUAUUGAAUAUAUGACGCGAUUUGUCAUUUUGUAAAAAUUUGCAAUUAUAGAAGUAAUAAUUCAUUUGAUAUUUAUUUAUUUUCCAUCUGUUAUCCCUGAAAAAAAAAAGGGUCAAUUUAGGGGCGAUAACUUUUCUGAUCGUAAUUUUGUAAUCAAUUACAAUGUGAAGAUUUGAUAUAAAAAAAAAAUACAAAAAGUUUGUUAAAAAUCUUGGAAGCCGAUUUAAAAGUAUUUUGUAUCUGACCCCUAAGUAACCCCUUCCUGUAUAUUAAUGACCACACCUUUGUUUACGAGGGGUUUAUGAUAUUGACAUUUUGUAUUGUAUAUAUAUGCAUUGUAAAAUAAACAACUAAAUAGAAUGUUUAACUUUAAUUUAUGUAUAACAAAAAAAAUGCAACUUGUUGAUUGUUGACCUGUUGCCAGAAAAAUCCUAACUAUUAUGUAUUUUAAGUAGACAAGCAACCCCUAUAACGACUCCUAGGUAGUGUUAAACAAAUUUAUUGGUAGACGUUUUGGACUGGGUUGUCCUUCUUCAUUAAGCUUUAAUGAAGAAAGACAACCCAGUGUAUCGCUGAGAUCCCAGUUUAGAUGUCCUCUGGCUACUAGUCUCCAGCCAUUUCAGACCUACUUUACCAGAGUUGUCGUCUUCUACUGCUCAUAUUAUGUAUUUUUAGGUCAGUUUUGAGGGGUCAUUGGGAAUUCUGGAAUUAAUUUACAUAACCACUUGUGGUAUCUAAAUCAGUGAGUGGGAAUGUCUGACCUCCACAACUGGCCUGUAUAUACACUAGGACGUCUUUUAUUUAUAUCCUAACAAUUUUCUUCGAAUCGCAGAGGAUUUAUUAAUAGUGUGUUGGUUAGGUUUAUCAGUCACUUUAUCUCCCUUUUAAAACUUUAGUCCACAUGUAAUUUUUCAGUUUUAGACGCAUUUAUGAUUUUCACUGAAAACGAAAGCAGAUUUUGAAUUUUGCAGCCAUCUGCUUAUGUGUCAAGGAUAUUCAGAAAGUUAAGAAUUUUCUGGAAACUGGCAUGAAAUUUCCUUAGUCAAAAUCUGAAUUUCAUUGUUUUUAGAAAACCAGGUAAAUCUGGAAUUAAGUUCUGUUUUUUUUGGGUCUGGAUUAUCCUAUCUACAUGUAUGUAUUAUAUAUUAUACAGUAGUCCAGAUUUUUUAGUUAUUUGUGCUAUAUUUCUGUUGAAUGCCUUAAUGUGAGCCAAUGAGAAUUGUUGUUAUAUAUGUUUGUGUGUAUAUUAUAUCUGGUAGUUAUCUUGUAAUAAAACAUCUGAUUUAAUCUCUAAA